UGCGGAAGGCUCGGGGGGCUCUUCCGUGCGCACCGCUAAUGGAUUCAGUCGUGAAAGUUGGCUUCUGUUUUUCCUGCUCAGCUGCUGUCGGAGGGGUUUUGGGGGAAAAGUGCGUGCGGUAGUCCUGGAAACACCAGUGAGUUUCAGCAGAGCCACAAGGCAGCGUUUAUCGUGACAGCGGCCGGUGGUGAGCCUGCGGGGCUGGGGAAGGAAGGAGCGGCCACUCUGUGCUUAGCAGAGUUUUCUUGGAGGCCUUUUUGUUCCUGCUUACGAGAUUGAUGUUGUUCUUAAUGAUGCUGAAACACGGAAAACAGCAGAAAUCAAAACAGAAGAUGGUAAAGUAGAAAAGCAUUUUCUCUUCUACGAUGGAGAAUCUGUUUCAGGAAAGGUUAAUGUCUCCUUUAAGCAGCCUGGGAAGAGACUAGAACACCAAGGAAUUAGAAUUGAAUUUGUGGGACAAAUUGAACUCUUCAAUGACAAAAGCAAUACCCACGAAUUUGUAAACUUAGUGAAAGAACUGGCUUUACCUGGAGAACUGACCCAAAACAGAAGCUAUGACUUUGAAUUCAUGCAAGUUGAGAAGCCAUAUGAAUCCUACAUGGGUGCCAAUGUCAGACUGAGGUAUUUUCUAAAGGUGACAAUAGUGAGACGGCUGACAGACUUAGUGAAAGAAUAUGAUCUGAUUGUUCACCAACUUGCUACCUACCCAGAUGUCAACAACUCCAUUAAAAUGGAAGUAGGCAUUGAAGACUGUCUUCAUAUAGAGUUUGAAUACAAUAAGUCAAAGUAUCACUUAAAGGAUGUGAUUGUUGGAAAAAUUUAUUUUCUCUUAGUGAGAAUAAAAAUUCAGCACAUGGAGUUGCAGCUGAUCAAAAAGGAGAUAACUGGAAUUGGACCCAGUACCACAACAGAAACUGAAACCAUUGCUAAGUAUGAAAUAAUGGAUGGUGCACCAGUUAAAGGUGAAUCAAUUCCUAUAAGACUGUUCCUAGCGGGCUAUGACCCAAAUCCAACAAUGAGGGAUGUGAACAAAAAAUUUUCAGUGAGGUACUUCUUAAAUCUAGUGCUUGUGGAUGAAGAAGACAGACGAUACUUCAAACAGCAGGAAAUAAUUCUAUGGAGAAAAGCUCCUGAGAAGCUGAGGAAACAACGAACAAACUUUCACCAGCGAUUUGAAUCUCCAGAAUCACAAGCAUCUGCUGAGCAGCCUGAAAUGUAAACUGGUACAAGGUGAAAAACUUUGAUGCUUCAGCAGGUUAAAGAUGGCAGCAGCCUGUGGGAAAAGAAGGCCAAAAUUCCCAUUACAGCUGUCUUCCUUCAUCUUACAGUGCUGCAUUUACCAUACUACUAAAGCGUUCUUCAGUUAAACAUUCAAGUAUGUAUAUACAUUUAAAAUAAAGUGCUUUCUCAAACACUGGAACUUUCUUAAGCUACUAUUUUAUACUGCACAUUUACUUUAUUUGAUAAUGUUAUAUGCACUUGGAUAUGCAUAAACUUAAUCUAGUUAUUUCCAUGCAUGAUAGGCUGGUAUAUUUGAUUUUUGCUGAUCACCUAUACAGUGUAGACUAAAGCAUUUUUCUCAUGUUGUUUAUUGCAUGUUUCUUUCCAAUGUUGCUUAUUUGCAUUUGUUUUGUUUUGAAACUACAGUAAGAGACAAUUGACUAAAUCACACUAAAAAUCAAGGUUUGCAGUGAAUUUGUCCCAAGGCUUCUAAUUGUUAUGUUAGACAGGAUUUAACUGAAACUGCAUGUUUGUGCUCUAGGACUGAUAACUGUGCAGCCCCCAGUCACCAAGUUUAAUAAGAAGCUUUGAAUCUGUCAGUAGCAAAAAAUGUUAGGAAUCAUCUUUGCCCUCCCUCCCCCGAUUCUCUCUACCAGACUUCUCUAAGCCUUUUGUAUGAGUAAGUCCUGACUUUUGGGGGUUUGUUGCCCAGUAAUUAGUGGCUAUAGAGUUGUUUGUGAUUCCACCAUCAGGUGGUGAGUGGGUAAAGCAUUCUCUCUUAUUGAUAAACUAAAUGCUAUUAACUUUAAUUAUUUUGCAAAUACAUGAAACUGUGGGGUUCCUCCUGGCUUCACGCUUCCACUGUCCUCACAGUGUCUCCUCACUGUCCUGACAGGAGAGGCAAAAUGUCCUCUCCCUGUGUUCCAGUCUGGCCCCGUUACGAGGGCAGACCAGCUUUUUGUGGUCUUCUGGGGAGGCAUUUUGAAGCCAGGCAAACCUCUAUACUGUGAGAAGCUUGUCUGGCACAGCAGAUCAUUUGUCUUAAUCAUCUCAUACACAUUCAAUGUUUGAAGAAACAGCUUACAGGAGUUUGCCUUCAUCUCCUCACAGCCCAGUGUGUAGCCGGGUACCAGCCCCUGGCUUGGGCACGGCGCAGAGCUGCUGUGUGAAGGCGACUUGUGCUGGUAGUUCCCUUGGCCCUUUAACCAGGACCUCUCUACUCUGGUGCAAGUGUCAAUGCUAACCUUACUUUAUGAGUAAGCAAAUAAUUGAAUUACAUUUCUGUAAGAACUGUUUUAUUACUGUGGCACUUUGAUAAAGCAAAGACUGUGUACUUUAUGCUGGGACGCUUGUAACGUGGAUCUUUGAAUGAGAGCAAAUUAACUCCCUCGUGUAAGUGCCUGUUCAGAAAUUAAAAUAAAAUUAAAAGCCAAAUAUUUUCAUGGUUACUUGCAUGUUGUAAUCUGGAAAUUACUCGAAGAGAUUUUGAGAACUUGAUUGUAUUUAACCAGCCUCAAACUGUGCAACCAUGUGUGAUCAAGGGGAAACGUACCAAGCUGCUAUUUGAACUAUUAAAACAGCUGUAUUCUCACUAA